AUGGGUUUCGCGCCCCAUGGAUGGAUACCGUAGACCUUGGAGUAGGCGGAGCGAAGACGCGGGCUGGGCGAGAGGCGUGCUUCUAAUUGGCAACCGCCAUAACAUUCGCCUUGAAUUGAACACGGAAAAGAAAACAAAUAAGAACAGCGAAGUUCAAAAACAAAUUGAAUUGCAGGCGAAAGCUACUUGGUGGUGAAGAAUCAGGAGCAGGAGGCUGUUCUCAAGUUGCUCUCUGGAAAAGAAGAAGACAGGACAAGGUCGAGGCCCGACGUCAGCAAACUGCUACUUGAGGUAGAAGCGGUCGACGCAUGUCAUCUGGGUACUUUUAAGAGUAUCUGUACUGGACUCACAAGUUCGGCGGAAGAAAUGCACCAAUUGGUCAGCUUUCUUUUUGAUUCGAAGUCCUCGGAUGUCUCUUCUUCGAUUGAGAAACUUCUGAAAAACUCUUUCAUCUCAGAAAGUUGUCAUGAAAAGGGUAACAAAAGAAAGAUAUUAUCAACGAAAAACACUUAUUUCAGGUUUGAACAAGUUGGUAGCUACUCAGUUAGGAAAAGCGACGUUGGCCUCGUCUUUGCCUCCAGAAGCCGCUCUUUUCAUUUUCGACGACCUCAUGACGGCAUCCAAGUCUAUCUGUCUCGAUACUGAGCUUCAUAUGCUGUACCUCGUAGGUUUCUGCAUAUUUUUGACUUUUUGUACUUGUUCGUCAACUGCAAUUUGUUUUUUCCGGUAGUAAACUGGAAGGAUUCAGAGACUUGCCAGUGUGAGAAUUAUCGUAUACCACAAACAGAAAGGACAAAAUAGUGAACUAGAGAGUUUGAUCGGAGACCUUUAAAGGUGACACCAAUCAAUGUUUCUGUGUGGCAAGACUGCGAUUGGGACCACUUGUACGCCCUGUUUGUACAAAUUCCUCCUGAACAUCGACGGGUUGGCAAAUUGGUAUUUUUCCCCUCUUUCAAACAAUUAUAUAUAAAUAGGAAUUCUUUCUACAGGUUGGAAUGAGCGAAAAAUAUAUGCUGGACCGUUUGCAAGGGCAAUGGAAGGCACACGACAAACGCUUACAAGUAGCAUUUCACAAUUUUCGAAUCUGAUCGUUUUUUUUUCCUCAUCAGGUUCACAUUCGUUUCUUCUCUUCUCUCGCUCUUUAUGACCUGAUCAGCGAAGUUCCAUUGAACGAGGUGAGAGAAUGCUAUAGAAAAUAUGGCAAAAGUAUUUCAAGGUGUCUGCAAAGUACCGUAUCUCCCGUGGCUGUCUCCAAACCCUUCAGCAUCAGAGCUCGACAUACGCAGGUGCUCAAUCCAAAAACUUCCGCAUUUUUCUUUUUUUUUGUCGAGUAUUUUUCCAUCGUGACUUGCAUUAAAAACACGAGAAUGGGUCAGCCGUCGGCUGAUUGGCUCUGUAAGACGGGCGAAAUUGGCUCAGUUAGAACGGUGACAGCAGGCAAAAGUGACACAUUUCCCACAAUCUUUCUCAAUUUGAAAGAGUGUAGAUGUAUGAAAUUGUAAAUUAUAUGAUGUUUUCUAAAAACGGGAGAAAGAUUCACGGAAUAGUUAGCUUCAAAAUCAUAAAAAGUUAUUUUUUUGUGUUCUUUGAAAAAAAUUAGAGUUAGAAAAAAAUAUUUUUUUCAAAGUAAUGGCUGCGAUUUCAUCAUUUUAUGUCCAGCAAACGAUUAUAGUCAAUGGAAGUUAUUAAAUAAAUCUUUUUUUAAAAAAAUUGAUAAUUUUUUUUUGAAAAAUGCGAUCGAAUCAAAGUUAUUAUAUCUUUAAUAGAAAGAAAGGUGCGGAGGAGAAGGGCUACCUGCUUUGAAAUUUCGAAAGAGCCAGUUUUAUUUUUCAGAUCUCGAUCUCGAUCAUUUUCCUUUUUUUUCUUUAAUUUUCCUAUUCAGCGAUGGUUGUCGCUUUCUGCGCCCGCCUGGGAUGGAUGUACUUGAAGUCGCUGCUCGACGGCUUUGCCAUGAGACUUUUUUUCGGCAUUCGAAGUGAACUGAGCGAGUUGGUGAUGAUCGAGGGAAUCGAUGGACACAGGUGCGAUGUAAAUAACUAUUUACCAGUGAUAGGAUGCGUCAGCUCGAAUGUAACAACUUUGAGAAGAUUGAGCCUAAUAAAAAAAGAAAAUUGGUUUUUUAAGUUGAUAACUACUUUACAUAUAGACAAAGGAGUUGGUGCUUCACGAAAGAAGCGGGAGAGACUGGCAAAAUUUUUCUUUCUAGUUUGGAAUGGGUAUUUCUUCAUUAGAACUUUUUUUUGCAAAGGAAAAGGGAAAAAGAUUUUUUUUUUAUUUGUAUUCAAUCAAAUAUUUACUGAUGGGCUUCUUUUGUGAGCUCUGUUGUAAGAUAGUACUUCAAUUAUGGAGCUCUCUUUUUUUUUUUGAUUGCUCAAGAUCUCUUCGAAUUCUCCGAUUUGAGGGCUCGAGUGUUCCAUGAACAAGGACUGACUUGUCUCUCCCAGCUGGCAGUUUGCGAGACGACCAAGGUGGCCAACGUCCUGUCUCUGGCUGUCCCUUACUCCAGGUUCUCCUUCCCUCUUCUCCGUCGCCGCGACGUGCGAAUACCGUAGGAUUCGCCCACCCAAUUGGCUCAAUUAUUGCAGCCUCUUGUGUUCUAUGUGGUUCCAACUGAAACGACCAAAUAAUAGAUCGCGCAAAAAAGGAGUCGUUUUUUUGGAUCUUAUGGGAGAUCUUUCGGAUUAUUCAACCAGUUCGAAUCAAAAUUUUAAGAAGGGGUGGAAAGUUUAAGCACCAUCAAUCUCAAAAUAUAAGUUGUUGAUUCACAUAAUGCCAGAGAAUUUGUCGUCUUCUUUAGAGUCUCGUAGAAUCCAGUCAGGAAAAAAUAGGUAUCACUGAUUCCGGUAUUUUAUCUCGGGAUUCAAAAUAAUCAAUUUUAAAAAAAAGUUGAUAGAUUUCUUCCAAACGAACGCUGUACUAAUUAGAAAAAGGAAGUAAAUCCUGUGAAAAAAAUGUCAAAGAAUAAUGUUCAUCCAUAAUAAUUAUUUAUUCCUGAAUAACUGGGUAACGAUUUUCUUUUAAUUUGAUGUUUUUUUUUCAAACGCUUCCAGUUUUUUUCUAAUUUCAGAGAAACUUUUUUUCAAUAGAACUAAGGAUGAGUAAUUGGGUAUACGUGGACGGUUGCGUGACUGCGAUUCGACGCCUGAUAGCAGCAACAAGACGGCGAGACUAAUGACACUGUCAGCUAAUCCAAUUAGUCGACACCUUCGCCUCUCCACUCAGCUGCUCCUUUGUUGCGUCAUUUCCGAAGUCAGCGCUGCUCUCGGAAUGAGGACAGACCGUUUAGAAUGGCUGUUCCGUUCUUAAUAUGAGAUGAAUGAAGUUACGCCACCCUCCACAUGUGUAUCUAAUUUUCUUUUCGUGUUUUUUCUUGCUCUAAAUCUGGUUUUUAGUUUGAAAGUUUUGAGCGAACACUGAUUAUUCGAACUCAUCGAUAUUUUUUUUUUUUGCUCUUCAAUUUUAAUCUUGUUGUGAUUUCGCUCCAAUUUAUGUUAUGAGAAAAUUAGAAACUUGUAAACUGAUUUUUGAAGAAUUUUGAAAAUAGUUGAAGCAGCCCGUUAAAAUGGUAUAAAUAAAACCGACAUCUUGCGUAGCUCAAUUUAGUGGCCAAAUUAGUUUGAAAAAUGAGUUUAAUUCAUUUUCUCGAAUUUUAAAGUGAGGAUGAGAACGAUGGGAAGCGCGAAUGGCUCUUUGGGUGUUACCGAAUGAGUCUGAAUGAAGCGGCCGAAUCUCUCCGCCAACGAGCUCGUGACUGUCUCCUAACGAGAGUCAGGUUUUCCGAGCAGUUUUUCAGUCUUCAACAUUCUCUUCAGAGAUCUUGGAUUAUCUGUCAGUUUUGGGCAGUUAGAAAAGGCUGUUUUCGAAGAGAAGUCUGUUGCCAAACCCCAAUCUGUCACAGCCGAGAGCUCUUUUGUCGACAGCGGCGUUGCCAGUUUGCCCGAAUCGUUCGUACCAAAAAAAGCUCCCACAAAUAUGAUUAGCGAUGGAACAAUGGACAAAUUUAACAUUACGAUGGAAGAGGUUUCAGUACGAUUCUUCGUUUUCGUUGAACUUUCUUGUUUAGCUUUCAUUGCUGGAUCAAGAAGAUGAAUUAGUAUUUGACAAUAUUGGAAAAAGCGAAUGUGCGGACGUUUUUUCUCAAGUGGACACUCUGGAAAUGAGUCUGCUCGCCGUCAGGCCACCCCACAAAAAAGACUUCUAUAAAAAGCUCACGAGUGUAAGUUUUUUUUUGUAAUAGAUAUAUAGUUCAGUCAGUGAAGAUACGAAAACACGCAAUUUUUUAUCAAAAUUUUCUUAUUUUCUUACAGGGAUUUUUAUCUUUCUGAAACGUACUUAUGAGCAAAAAAUUUUCGUAUCUUUCUGACGGCACUGUAUGUAGAUGAAAUCACUUAUCUCUGAACCUCUAUCGAUCAUCGUCUUCAACUUUGAAAUCGCCUAGUUAUUCUGAAAAUAUUCACAAUGUACCUUUGAAUUAUGUUUAUUGUAGGUGUUUGCUUCCGAAGUUGGCGCCAGCACGUCUUUCAAAUGUUCUAUCGAGGACACCUUCCAGAACUCUAUAAUAUUUGUCAGCAAAACAGAGAAUUAGAAGAGAGAAGUUGAACAUUUCAGACUAGCAAACAGGGGUCUGUGGCCAACAGUGCGAGGCGAUUGUCCACGGCAAGUGUUCUCAAUCAGUGUGCGUGAUACUCUCUUUGAUCCUUUGAUUUUCCUUUUAAGCUGGAAAUUCUUCCUUCGAUGUCUUCGGCACGCCUCCCACGGCUAAUCGCACUACACUGAAACACAGACGAGAGGCGAGCUUAGUCAGCAAAAGUUUUAUAGCAAAAAGAAUAAAUAAGUUUUCAGACAGGUCCUUUUUCUCCCUCAACCUCCAGUCCGGUCCAGAAGCAAAUGCGCUACGAAUACUCUGAGUUGAACGUUAAAAAUCCGUGCAGGUUUGUUUUAUUUUUGCUUGAAUGGUCAAAAUUGGUCAAAAAAAAGCCUUAUGGUCAAAAUUUCCAACUUUUUGUUUCGAAUCAUCCUUUUAAGGGAUCUAAAAAGCUGGAAUCUCUGGAGGCGUUCAAUUUUCGCUUUCAAUCGAAUCGGCUUGUCUCUGCAUGUUCUCUCUGGAAAGAUAAAUACAGUUCAUAUUUUACAUGGUGAUACUGUUUUUGAAAUUCUAAUAUCGAAAGGUAAAUUUUUGACAUUAAUUUAUAACUUCGCUGGUUGUUUUCCAGCGCAGAACGAUGAUGUAAAUGGUGUAUGGACCGUGGUUCCACUGGAACAACGGCUGGACGCUCUGAAAACUUUAUUGGGCCGUGCGGAGACAGUUUUGUCGUCGCUUUCACAAUGUUUCACUCUUUACAAAAACUUCAAGUUUAGGGUUUGUUAGGGAAAAAGGUGCGCUAGUUCGAAGUUGGUCUCUAGGUGCUGAAGCCUAUUAUCGUUUCGAUUUUGAAUCACAUACUGAUGAACGGAGAAGUUGAUGAAUGCUAUCUGGAUAGGAGGAUAACAGACCUCAGUUGGGAUUUCGAUCCUUUGAAAUAUCUUCAAGGAGAUGGCUCUGCCGCAUCAGCAAUGCGUGCAUUCGCGAUCGGAAGGUCUGAAAAAAAAAGCGAAACCGUUUCGAAAGAAGUUUUCUAGAGUGUACCAAGACAUCUAUCCGCGAGCCAUAGCUCAAUCUUCUUCAGAAUACGUUUCAUUGGAACUUGAUGCCGCCAGGGUACGUUUAGACAUUUCGGAAAAGCUAAUAAAAAUUUUAUUUGGCCGGUAGGUGAAAUGAUCAUUUUUCGAAUAUUUCAAAGAUGUUUUACGCAGUGGUAUGGAAGGUCUCGAAAAGGCGCAGAAUAAAUAACUGAUGGAAACGUUUUCAUUCUACUCAAAAGCUUUUUUUGAGAUGCUUUUCUAUAUUACAACAGAGUCAUGACCAUUUCAAGAGCUCAUACGACCUAUUUUGUAUGAUUCAGUACUUGCUUCAGGUAGUUUCUGAAAUUUUCUACGACGGCGUUCCAUUUGACGCCAUCGGAUGUGCGUCUGCGAUAGCCAAGCUCCGGAAAACUAUUGAGAAUCUGCAGAGCGAAUGUUUCGUUUUCUCGAAAAUUCCUUUCAACCUCGACAGCAGCCGUGAAGUUUCAAACGUUUCCACCAUCAAUUUUAUUUUGGAAAACAACCAACUUCAGGUUGUUUUUUGUAAGCUGAACCUGGUUCAUCCAGGGCAGCAAACUUCUGCAAAGCGACAUUUAUCGACAAGCAAAACUAUUCUCGAACAAAUUUCGAAUCAGCAUCCUAUCGUGCCCAAGAUUUUGCAGUACCGCCAUCUGAACUACGUCAUUUCAGUGGGUUAUCUCAAGCAUAAGAAAUUUUAAUAUAUUUAUGUAGUUUUCUUUGAAAACUUUCUUUUCUUUCUUUGAGCAAGUCGGCUAGGGUGACUUUUUUUUUUGUUUCACUUCGACUUUCCCUUUUUUCUGGUUUGAAGUUGUUCUGAUGACUGAAGCGUUUCCAGCAAUGUCUCACUCCGCUCAUUGAAGCCGUUGAUAAAGAAGAUCAGCGAGUGAGGUCUACCUGGGACAUUUGUACAGCUACGGGAAGGAUCCUGACUUCGCAACCGAACAUCCAAAAUGUUCCCAAAACUGAAUCGUCUGAGAAAUUUUUCGUUCGCGACUUGUUUCGUCCCAGAGAAGGCGAAAAAUCUAUUUUAUUUUCAUUGAGAAACCACAAAUUCUUCAGGUUAUGUCAUGAUUGGAGCCGAUUACUCCCAACUGGAGCUCCGUGUUUUAGCUCAUCUCAGUGGAGAUUCUAAACUUAUUUCGUUUUUGGUUGAAGGUAGGUCAGAUUUUUUUUCCCUUCACUCGUCUGACUUUUGACUUCGCUGCUAAAUUUCACAUAGUUUUGUAUUUCAUUUUAUUUUUAUUUAGUACAGUUUUAGUUGUCCUUUUUCAGAAAGAGACUUCUUCUCGGAAUUAUCAGCCAAAUGGGGUUUUACUCGAGUCGCCGUCAAACAGCUUUGUUAUGGUUUGAUCUACGGGAUGGGAGCGAAAAGUCUGGCCGAAUCGACCAAAUUGAGUAUGGAUGAAGCAGAGCAGUUGCGCAACAAUUUUUUCGCCAUUUUCCCAAGUAUUUGUUUCGAAUUGAUCACAUUUCCACAUAUCAUUAAGAAGUCAAAACGUACAUCCAGGAAACGAAAGACAGAGCUAAUAGAGAAGGAUAUGUCGCGACUCUCUUGGGUAGCCUUCAAACAAAAUAUGAUUAAAAAUAGUUUUUUAGGACACAAACGCUUGACGAAUUGUAGCGGAAAGACGGAAGACAGGGCAAGAGAGGAACGGGUUGUCGUCAAUUACACGAUACAAGGAACUGCCAGCGAAAUAUUCAAAGCCGCCAUCGUUCAAAUUGCAAAAGAACUAUCAGGUGUGUCUGCAAUGAUAGAAAUUGAGGCAACGGUUAGAAUCUGCCUUUAUCAAUGAAUAGUAAAAGAAAACUGCUAUCAUAUAUCUAUAAUUGAUACAUCAAUUGAAAACAAUAAGUAACAACCCUAACUCCAUUGAAAAAAACGAUGUUAGGAGGGAAAGUUCGAACAGAUGAACUUUCAAGCCAUCAUUUCGAAUCUCUUCCAAUAUUUUUGAAUUCUAGAGUUUUUUUUUUUUUUGAAGUGUUAUACCAAUUGAAGUUAAAAAAUCAGCUUCGUUGAAUGAAAUUCGAAGUUUUUAAUUCCCACAGAAAGAUAUACUAUUCGACAGAUUGGGAUGCGAGGAUAGUGAUGUUGGUGCACGACGAGGUGCUGGUCGAAGCCAAGGGGGAACUGGCCGAAAAAGUAGCUGCGAUUGUGCGGACGUGUAUGCAGAAUUCUUUGGCGGACCGUUUGAAAGUACCUAUGAGGAUUUCACUCAACGUUGCACGUUCUUGGGCAAAACUCAAAUGAUCUGUGAUUUUUAACUCACCUUUACUUACGUGUAAUUUUCAACGGAACAAAAUAAUAAAUGUCGAACGCUCGAUUAGUGUAUGAUUAGCCAGAGGUAUUUCAAUUGAACGUCGCAUUUGGAACUCUCUGAAAUUGUUCCUGGAUCUUCCAUUUCCUGAUUUUUCUCCAAAUUUGAGAAGUUAUGAACUGAUGCCGUCGGGAGGAGGAAAUGAGCGACGAAACGACAUUUUGCAUGCGAAACUUCAUCUGCGAACACACCCAGGAGCUGCCGCGUUCAGAUGACAAGACGCUGAACAAAAGGCUCAAAUUUCCCGUUUUCCAUAUUUUCGGCGUCACUGACACAGGUGAUAUCUUUUCAGUACUUCCAAAAUGGGUGCUCUAGGUCAAAAGGCCUGCGUGCACGUUCACGGAGUACUGCCAUAUGUGGUGAUUCGAGUGGGCGGCUCCUUGACUGACGGCGUCAAAGAUGCGAUACGGAAGAAACUCAACAAGGUCAUCCAACGUGAGAUCGACAAUCCCAUGACCAAAAACUCCAAUUCCGAGUAUAUCCAUCGCGUCGAGCAUUUCCGUAGCAAGUACUAACUCCAAAAAAUAUUUUUGAACAUCCAACACUUUUCAGACCAAUGUACGGUUUUGUGGAGGAAGAAGAAGAUUUUUUGAGGAUUUAUUUCACGAACCCGUGGUACGCUCAAAAGUAGGUUAUUCAUGAUGAAAUUAGAAAACAUAUUCAACCUUCAGAGUGACUUUUGGCUUGGGUAAAGAAGUUCUCGACAAGCCUCUAUUCCAAGCGUACGAAGCUCAUGUCCCGUUUCAUCUUCAAGUAUUUCAACGAUUCCCUAAUUUUUACAUUCCAACGAUGUUUCAGUUUUUCAUCGAUAACUCUAUUUUUGGGAUGGACAUGAUUCAUUUCAAAGCUGUGAAAUAUCGAUUGGGGACUGCAAGCGUCGACUCUGGUAGGAACGCUUUUUAACAAUAAUUCUUUCAUUUUUGUUUUAAGAUUAUGUUUACAAGGAACUGACUGUUGAUCGUAUCCGUUCGAAGUUAGUGACAUUUCCAAAAAUGAAAUGAAAAGGUUAUUUUUUAGCGGAGAAAUCCUAUCGCCGGAGGAUAAAAUCACCAGUUGUGAAAUCGAAUGUGAUGCUCACGUCUCGGAUAUUCUUAACUCUCGGAUGCACGCCAACAAUGGUUUUCAUACUUUUCCAGUUUCUAACUCUUAAAUUUUGAGUUUACUCAUCGAACCCGGGCCUUGAAUAUAUUUGGAGAGAAGAAGUGAGAAGACAGGAGCAACUGGGAGAAGAAGUCGUUCAGCCUUUGCCAAAAGGUACACGGGUUCCCCGGUUUGGUAGAAGAAAAGAUGCUCCAGGGCCUCCGCAAAACCACAAAGUUUUUCCUGCGGAGAGAGAUAUUUUACGGGAGGCGAAAGCCGUGGCGCGAGGCUUGAGGAUUAAGAGAGGACUGAAUCUUACGCAAAGGCUUGAGAGUGAGUUGGAAGAUCUGACUGUGAAAAGGAUAGAAUUUGAAGAUACGAUGCGACUCUCCCAAACAGUCUCAGCGCAAGAUUGGGCAAAGGAGGCCGAUGAGCGCGUUCAUUUGCUGAAUUUCGAUGAGGCGCCGGAAGAUGAAGAAGGAGAACUGUUGGAUGAGGAGGAGGAAGAGAAAGAAGAAGCAGUGAACUUCGAAAUGACAAUGAGAGCGGAUAGAAUGCAGGAAAACGACGAGGAAGAGCAACAAGACGAUUUCGAGGUUACAUGCAGUUUUCAGCUUUAUUUGUGAAUCAAAAGUAGGUAUAGAAAAUCGGUGAGCUGGGGUUUAAGAUUUUUUGGAGUUUUUUUUCAAUCAGAACAGAAAAAAGCAUGGCUCUUAACAAUUUAUUAUUAAAUGAAGUGUGAGGUAUUUCCCGAGCGUUCCAAUAAAAUACCUUUGUUUAUAUUUAGUUCCUUUUUUCACUUCAGUUUUGUUACAGGAAACUUCAUCGUAUCAUGCUUCACAGUCUGAAAGCGAUGACGAGAACUCAGCGAGGGAGAUUCUGGAAUCGUCGAUAUCCAUAGAAUCAGAAGAUGGAUCAAACCGGGAAAAGGCCCGAUCAGAGUACCGUCUAGCACUAUUCUCUUCUUAAGUAUUGGCUUCAGCGGUCAGUGGCACUGGGUGACGACUCCGAAGGCUUUCGAGCAGAAGUUUGUGGUCGGAUGCGAGGAAGCUGUCGAAAAGGAGAAGAACCAAGUUAAAAAGAGGAACAAACGAAAGUCGAAGUCUAGAUUCACUUGCUUCUCCACACAGCCACCUUCGCCCAGUUAUCGCCAGGUUAGGGAAUAAAUUCAUCAAGCAGGUCAUCGAAUGAUUCAUUAGUGAACCCAUCCUUGAAGGGGGAAAACUUUAACAAGACAGGUAAAUUUUGUUUUAAUUUUAGAGUUUUCAAUAAGUUUGCUCAACUAAACCUCAAAGGCCUAGAUAAAAAUUUCUCACAGUCGCUACCUGCGCAAACUUGCAAUUUCUUAGAUAUGAAUUUUUUAAUUUCGCUUCUAACAUUGAAUUAGUUUUCGUGUUUAGCAACUUAAAAAUUCAUAUUUAAAAAAAUAUAAGUUUUCGCAGGGAACGGCUAUGAAAAAAAUCUUCAUUCACACCUUCAUACAGUGUUUGAGAAAAUUUUCAAAUAUUUUCAAAGUUCAAACUAAAAUUACCUCCCUUGUUGGGUAAAAGUAACUUGAUUUCUGAGCUAAGAUUUUUUUUUUAGUCUCCAGCUGCUGUUGCAGGAUCCCAAAUUCUUUCUCAGUCUUCAAUGGGUAUUUAUUCUACCUUAAAUUUGAAUAAAAUUCGGUUUGAGAUGAAAACGAAACUGAAACGGACUCCGAUUUACUCGGCGUUUGUGUUGGGAGCCUUGAGUUGUUCAUAAGGACGAACAGUUUGAUGCCGGACCCUCUCGUGAAUUUUUUUACUUUUUAUUUUUUUACUCGAUUUUUUUGUAUAUUUUUCAGACUGAUACAAUUUUAUGCGCAUCGUUGUCUGUUUUUGACGACGUUUGUAGGACAUCCUGCCCUAAAUUUCAUGCCAUUUUUUUACUACACUUCCGGAAAAUGUAUUUUUUCUAUCAAUUUUUUGAAUGUGAAAUGAUUCGUUUAUUUGAGGUCUGCUCAAGCUCUAAAACAAUAUUCGUGGAUGACGAGGUGGGUUUGAUAGAAAAAGUUGUUGAGGCGAUAAUGCUGUGAGUUGGCCGAUUUGUUUCUGGAUCCCGUUCCCUUGUUCAGCUUCGACGUUGAUGUGCUGUUGGGGUACGACGUCGAACGACUCUCCUGGGGAUUCUUGAUAAGACGCGCCAAGAAGCUGAACGCGUUCUGCGAAAUGUCGCGUUUCGUGAAAAGUUUUCUUCACGAGGACCGAAUCUCGUUGAAAAACUUGAUUCAGCUCUUCCUCAGUUGGAUGACAAUUCGCUAGCUCCACGCGGCAGAUUGCUCGUGGCCGUCUGGAAGGUUGUUCGAAGCGAACUCACUUUGAGGCAUUGUUACUGAGAAACCCCUUUCAUGAGUGGCUUGAUAGGAGUUAUGAUCGAGGCGCAGCUAUGGCCAGCGUCCUGCACCGGAAAAUGCCGUUGUUCGACGACUGUACGUUGACCCGUUAUGCUGAGAAGCUUGAUAAAAACAAGUGGUAGGUAGAAAUCACAAGUCAUAGUUUUUAUUUUAUUUUAGUGUGGAAAUAAUAACUUACUUGUUGAAAAUAUCGAAACUCAACGUGAGUCUUCUGGUGGAAAUGAACUGGUUCAUUCAAAGUGCUGAAAUGGCUCGUGUGUACGGUAUUCAAUUCCAAGAGGUUCCGAGCCAACCAGAGUUUUGAAAAAGUUCUAUUUUUUCUAAAGGUUUGGACAAGAGGCUCUCAGCUGCGCGUCGAGUCGAUGUUGCUGAGGCUUGCUCGCAAAAAAGGAUUUGUCGCGCCAUCCAUUUCGCCGCAUCAAAGAACUUUGUAUGUUUUGUGAGCGUCGGCCCUUGGGGACUUUUAAAAUGUUCAGAAUGAGCUCUCCCGAGCAGUUGCAAUUGAUUUUGGAGCCCCAAUCAAAGGUCUAUCACGACCCUGUCAUUGUACUCGAUUUUCAGGUUGCCAUAUUUGAUUUAAUUGAAAUAAUAUUUUUAUUAUAGUCGCUUUACCCUUCAAUGGUUAUUGCUUACAAUUACUGUUACACAACGAUUUUCGGAAAGGUUAGCUUCGAAAGAAUCAUAUAGGCUUGAGACAUGAGUUUCAGACUAGAAAUCUGCGCACACUCCUUGAUAGAAAGUCUGACGGCUCUAUCGUAUUGGGCGCAAUGAGCUAUAGCGUCCCAGUAGGGAUUUUUUUUCAAUUUCUUGAAAUGAAAAAUUGUCUGCAGACUUUUGAAUAUAUGGAAGCCGUCGCACAGAAAAGCGUUACAGCGUCACCGUUAAGUUCAGUUUUUGUGAAGAAGUCGAAGCGAGAAGGACUUCUGCCAAUUUUGCUCAGAGAGGUCCAAACUGUACGAAGUAUUUUUUGAUUUCUGGUUUUCAGAUCCUUGCUGCUCGGUUGCUAGUCAAAACUGCAAUGAAAAAAGCAACCAAUAAGGUUUGGUAAGGAACUUUUCGGACGCUUUGAGCGAUGUUGAGUUCAGAAACUGAAACGGAUUUUGGACGCACGCCAGAAGGCUUUGAAACUCGUCGCCAACGUCACUUAUGGAUACACAGCUGCCAAUUUCAGUGGAAGAAUGCCGUGUGCUGAAGUUUUCGGUCUUCGAUUACUUUUUUGAUGGGAAAGAUUGAGGUCGCCGACGCGAUAUUGGGAAAAGGUCGAGAAACUCUUGAGAGGGCUAUCAGAAUGGUUGCUUCUGGCAACUACGGACCUUCUCGUGUCAUCUACGGCGACACCGACAGCUUGUUCGUUCUCGUGCCGAGUUCGUUUGCGUUUUUGCAUCGAUAUUGCCUCUAGAAUAAAAAAAUCAGACAAACAAAUCUACAAAAAAGGAUGCUUUCGAAAUUCCAGAAUUUUUGGUUUCUAUGAUCGUUUCGAGGUUUCUUUGAUAUGAGGUCUCGUUGGUUAAUUUUUAAUGUAUGGUUUUUUUAUAUUUAUAUUUACGAUUAUUCUCCUUUUUUUCCGUUUGAUAUUUCUGAGCUAUGGAGUUGAAAUAAGCGUUUUUAAUUAUAUGUUCCUAAUAUUUCAGCUAAUGAGAGUAAUAGCCUAAUCAAAAAAAAAAUUGAGCCUGAAACUUCUCUGACUUUGUUAUUUUGUAACAAAAUUAUCUUCUCAGAAGCAACUCUAGAAGAGGCUUUUGAUAUUGGCCGAAGAAUCGCCACUGAUGUUUCUGCCGCCAAUCCUGACCCUGUAGUAUUGAAACUUGAAAAGGUUUUUAUUACCUAAAAAAUUUUUUUUCUUAUUUUUCAUACGCGUUCAGGUUUACAUUGGAUGUGUGCUCGAAACGAAAAAAAGGUACGCUGGCUGGAUGUUCGAAAGCGAAAAAGAUGAAGGGAAGUUGGACUCUAAAGGGAUUGAGACGGUCCGCAGAGACACGGCUCCGAUCGUAGCCAAGGUCCGCAGAUAACUUGAAGACAAGAAUUUACGGAAAAAUCAUUUGCAGGUCUUGGAAAGAAGCCUGGAACUGAUUUUCAAGAAACUUUGGCGCUCUUGGGCCACAUAUUUGAAUACCACAAUCGCCACCCUCGAACAGGUGCCAUAUGUCAACUUCGUUUUCUGUAAAGAGUUUCGUGGGGAGUACUCAGAGCAGGCCUGCGUCCCGCAGAAGAAAAUAGCCGAGUAAACAUUUGGAUCGUCAUUUUCCGAGCUUUCUCCGUUUAUAGAUUGAGACAACAGGCCUGUCCCUCGUAUGUGACACUUCGAGGAGAAAGAGUGCCUUACAUCAUCGUGGACUCGGAGCCUGGGUCCACGGUUUACUCAGGCGUCUGUCCCAUUGAAGAUUUCAUUCAUAGUUCUAAUUUAAAGGUUUCUUCACCGGCACCAUUUUUUUUGUAGCGGAGAUUUCGUUCAGAUAAAUGUAGCUUACUACCUCCGAGCUCAUAUUCUGCCUGCACUACGCCGCGUGACUGACUUGCUUCCAACUCAAUUAGUUUUGGCGCCAUUGAGAGCCAAUCAUUGUCUAACGUAGUAUCCAAUGUUUUUUUGAUGUCAAACGACAGAUCUUCAGGCAGGACUGUAUUCGAAUCGGCAGGUCGCCGUGGUGUGUCGAGUGCGACACUAUGGAGGAGCCUCUGGCUCAGGCGGUGGUCCAAGCGGCCAAGGAAGAGCGAGCCAAAGUCGCGCUGCGAAUCGUAUGUCUCGAGUGCCGGACGGCUUCGCAUCGAAUCGGAGAUGCAGAGUUGAACGAUUGCGUUAAUUGGGCUUGCACCGUCAAACAGGUAACUACCGUCAACCGGCUCUUCUGCAGGUUUUCGCUUUCAGGCUUGGAAUGGGCUGAAACGGUCGCCUGCGUUUCUUGCCGUCUCUUCUCACUCCUUAGCGGAAAACACUUUCUUUGACGUUCCUCUCAAAGAGAAAAUUAUUGCUGCUCAGGACUCGCAACCUGAGAUUCUCGAAAUUGCAGACUGA